CAUUCUGUGCUCUGUGUAACUGUCUCCUGUGAAUUCUUAAACUUUUUUAACAAUGAAAAUCCCUCGUAAAGUUAUCCUUCACCAACUUGGUCGACUAGGAUACAUUGAAAGUUUAGCAAAACAGCAAAGUGCUGAGAAAACCCUGAAAGAAAUCACUCAGGAUAAAGAAGAUAACCCACCUUAUCAUGGAUCACUAUUCCUCGUUGAGCACAAUCCAAUUUACACCACCGGAGCUCGGGAAAAUGGAUACGAUGACAAGUUUGCGGAGAGACUAAAAAGCUUAAAUGCAGAAUUUUACAGAUCUAACAGAGGAGGGCUAAUCACUUUUCAUGGACCAGGUCAGCUCGUGGCAUAUCCUGUCAUUUACUUAAAAUAUUUUGAUCUGCAUGUGGGAACGUACGUUGCUAGUUUAGAGAAUGCGAUUAUCAAAUUAUGUGAACUGUAUGGACUUAAAGCAUACACUUGUGAACACACAGGCGUGUGGGUAAAUGAUCGUAAAAUAUGUGCCCUUGGUGUUCGUUGUAAUAAGUUUGUUACAACGCAUGGAUUGGCUUUAAAUUGUAACACAGACUUAAACUGGUUCUCGCACAUUGUACCUUGCGGUAUCGAAGGCAAAACUGCAACUUCAUUAUCCAAAGAGCUAGGUAGAGAUGUCACUAUUGAGGAGGUGACACCUGCAUUUCUGAAAUGUUUUAAAGAAGUUUUUGGUGCUGAGUUUGAUACACCGAAAGAGUUGAUCGCUUGCUUAUGAAAUGUCUUACACUGACUCAAGCAGCUUCAGUCAUCAAUUGUGUAAGGGGAAAAGUAUCAAAGGCUUUUAAUUUGCAUGCAAACCUCUGUGGAAUUUUGACCAAACUGGUUCUGACCAGCUGUGCUACCAUUAGAAAUUACCUCUCUAUCUGGUUUAAUCCUGUGAUCUGAGCUUAGUUCUCUAGCAUAUUCUCAAAAUUUAUGUGUAGAGACACCAUGACUCAUUUGACCUUUUAUUUAAUUAUUGAUAGUCAAAUGAUUAACUGAAGGAUAAGUUUUAUUGUACCAUGAAGGAAAAACGCUUUUUUCAAGAACCAGUAAAAGUUAAUUUUAUAGGUAACUUCGAAGUACUAUUUUCACAAUAAUACUUUUGCUACUGUACACAUCUGUUUUUGCUUUUGUACACAUCAAUAAUUGCAUUGUAGUUCUAUGACCUCUCAUGGCCAGCCAUACUCUAGAUCAGAUUAUGAUGUAAUUCACUGUAAACUGCAGAAGAGAGAUGGCGCCAAAAUUUUUAGGUACAUGAAUAGACCUUUUAAAAUUAUUAGGUACAAGAAAAAGACAUUUUCAAUCAACAUGCCAAACAACAUUUGAUUUUGGAGUCAAAGUUUUUAACUUACUAGCGCACCUUGACCUUCAGUGUGAAAUUUAGGAUUUAAGCACUCUUAUCCAUAAUGGAUACAAGUCUUCCAAGAGAACCAACCUGAAUUUUUAAAACCCAGCUUUUAAGGAUGCCAUCUGAAUUGUGAAUAAUUUAUACAAGAGACAAAAUUAUGUGAUUAAAAAAGUUUUUGUUGAACAA